GGGGCUAUGGAUCCCCUCACUUACAACUACUUUGUUGGAUUCACUUCAGUUUACAUUCGAGUGUAAUAAUAGCGACUGAUUUUAGAGAGAGAAACUGUAAAAUGAAGCGGAUUCGGUUCGAUCUCUCCUUACUCUUUGUUUUUGGAUUUUGUAUGUCAUUCUCGACUGUCUGCUCCGAUCUGGUUAUCUCCAAGCUCGAUCGCCGGAUUGAUUUAACAUCACAGUUAGUGAGGACCACUGUAUCAUUGAAGGUAGAAAAUAAUGGCGUUGAUUCAGUAUCAGAGAUUUUGUUGCCCUUCCCUGAACAUCAAGCAAGGAACCUGGCUUUUCUGUCAGCAAUGAUUAGUGAAGGGAAAGACAAAACGAAAAGCUCUUCUGGUAGCCUUCCCAUCGAAGCCACAAAUCCAAAAGGAAAGCCCCCAUCAUUGACUUGGUACUCUGUCUCUUUGCCCAAGGAAUUGAGUAAGGGAGGAAGCUUGACAUUGGAGGUCAAGGCUGUAUUUACUCAUGUACUGAGACCUUUCCCUGAGAAAAUAUCUCAGGCUGAUGUUCAGCUUGUUGCCUUCCAGGAUAGUGCACAUUAUCUGUCCCCUUAUACAGUCAAAGUCCAGUCGCUUACCAUUAAAUUACCGGAACCAAGAGUUGAAUCUUAUACAAAACUGGAGAAUACCAAGUUUUCUGGUACAGAAAUAAAGUAUGGUCCUUAUGAGAAUCUUCCUCCUUUUUCGUACACACCAAUAGUAGUUCACUAUGUGGGCAAUAAGCCAUUUGCGGUUGCUCAAGAGUUGGUACGUGAGAUAGAGAUUUCACAUUGGGGAAAUGUGCAGAUCACUGAGAAUUAUAACCUUGUUCAUGCCGGUGCUGAGAUUACAGGGGAGUUCUCAAGGCUAGACUAUCAGGCACGUCCCCAUGUUAGAGGUGCAUCAGCAUUCAGAAAUCUUGUUGCCAAAUUACCACCAAGGGCUCAUUCUAUUUACUACAGGGAUGAAAUUGGAAAUAUUUCAACGUCUAAUGUAUGGAGUGAUUCAGCAAAGACACUACUGGAAAUUGAGCCUCGGUAUCCAAUGUUUGGUGGUUGGAGAACUUCUUUUACCAUUGGAUAUGGCUUGCCGCUUAAAGAUUUCGUAUUCCAGUCAGAGGGAAAACGUUUUCUCAAUAUCUCCUUUGGUUGCCCCAUGAGUGAUGUGGUUAUUGAAAAUCUCAUUGUAAAGAUUGUUUUACCAGAGGGGUCAAAGGAAAUCUCUGUAUCAGUUCCAUUUCCUGUCAAACAGUCUCAAGAGACAAAAUUUUCUCAUCUGGAUAUGGUUGGCAGACCAGUCAUUGUAUUAGAAAAGAAAAAUGUUGUGCCAGAGCAUAAUCAGUAUAUUCAGGUCUAUUACAGAUUCUGCAACCUUUCCCUCCUUUGGGAGCCAUUGAUGUUGAUUUUCGGGUUUUUCCUCUUUUUUGUUGCAUGUAUAGUAUAUAUGCAUGCAGACUUCACAAUCUCAAAGUCUUCCCCUUCUUAUGUGGCAAAACUUCAGUGGGAUGAGGUCCAAACCGCAAUUCAGCAGUUCCAGAAUAUCAUGAACCGGUGUUUGGUUGUUCAUGACAAGCUAGAAGCAUCAUUGCGUGAACUAUCGAGAAAUGGUAAUGUGCAGGCCUGCAAGGCAGCACGAAAAGCUGCUGACAGUUUACUUAAGGAGCUGUCGAAGGAGUUGAAACCCAUCUUGUCAUUCUUGCAAUCUUCUCCACAGGCGGUUCAGAUAAUGCCCAAGGUUGAAGAACUGGUAUCCAAGGAGAGGGAACUGCAAGAAAAGCUGAUGUUGAAGCACUCCACUGUGGUAGAUUCGUACGAGAAGAAAUCAGGGGGCCGAGACAUUGAGAAUCGUGUUGCUGCAGUUCAGCAGAAAAUCACACUGUUGAGACAGGAAGUUGAUGAAAUCCUUGAAGUAAUCGAUGAGAUCUAAUGUAGGUCAAAAACGAUUCAUGUCCUUAACAUUUCUCCCAACUUGAGAUUAUUUUGUCCGAAUGUUGGGUUCAAAAUUUUGUUGUUACUUAGAUUUGAUCUUGGCUAUGCAUCAUCUGACUCUGACAUGAAAAAGAAUUCGAGAAUUUGAUAAUCUAUAAACAGACUUACACAUUUUCUCAGGCUUUA